AACUCACACAGCAAAUCAAGUUUAUUAUAAAUUCAAGGAAGGGUUUGGUUAAGCACAAUAGCCUAUAAGCUCCUUGCUAUUUAGAUAACAUCAAGACUCAGGCAUGCACUGUGGAAUUGGAACUUCGGUGAGCCAACUAGCUAGGAUUUAUUCAAAUAAUAGGAGCUCUACGAGUGACAGAUGGCAGAAGGGCACAUCUUCUGAAAACUUACUAAAAAUUGGUGAAUUACAAAAUUCUGAAUUUUAAUACCUUAAUCAUUUUGAAAGCAGUUCAGACAGAACCGAAACAGAAAUAUUUGGCAUAAAAUUCCAAAUUUUUAUGCUUAGUUUUAUUUUUAUUAUUAAAAGCCAGCUUUUGAAAGCUGUGCAAAUAUCAGGAAUUGGGAAGAAUGAUGAUAUAGUGCUAUUGGUAAGAAAAAUUUCUUCAAUUUGUUUUCUCUGAUAUCGAAUUUGACUUGGUUAAAAAACGUGUGCUCCAGCAGUCCGGAAAAGUUAUACUUCUUGAUCUUCCAUUGUUUUGAAGCACUAGACCUUUAAACCACUGUAGGUAUGGACAAGGAAGAAAGGAAGAUCAUCAAUCAGGGUCAAGAAGAUGAAAUGGAGAUUUAUGGUUACAAUUUGAGUCGCUGGAAGCUUGCCAUAGUUUCUUUAGGAGUGAUUUGCUCUGGUGGGUUUCUCCUCCUCCUCCUCUAUUGGAUGCCUGAGUGGCGGGUGAAAGCGACCUGUGUCAGAGCUGCAAUUAAAGACUGUGAAGUAGUGCUGCUGAGGACUACUGAUGAAUUCAAAAUGUGGUUUUGUGCAAAAAUUCGCGUUCUUUCUUUGGAAACUUACCCAGUUUCAAGUCCAAAAUCUAUGUCUAAUAAGCUUUCAAAUGGCCAUGCAGUUUGUUUAAUUGAGAAUCCCACUGAAGAAAAUAGGCACAGGAUCAGUAAAUAUUCACAGACUGAAUCACAACAGAUUCGUUAUUUCACCCACCAUAGUGUAAAAUAUUUCUGGAAUGAUACCAUUCACAAUUUUGAUUUCUUAAAGGGACUGGAUGAAGGUGUUUCUUGUACGUCAAUUUAUGAAAAGCAUAGUGCAGGACUGACAAAGGGGAUGCAUGCCUACAGAAAACUGCUUUAUGGAGUAAAUGAAAUUGCUGUAAAAGUGCCUUCUGUUUUUAAGCUUCUAAUUAAAGAGGUUCUCAACCCAUUUUACAUUUUCCAGCUGUUCAGUGUUAUACUGUGGAGCACUGAUGAAUACUAUUACUAUGCUCUAGCUAUUGUGGUUAUGUCCAUAGUAUCAAUCGUAAGCUCACUAUAUUCCAUUAGAAAGCAAUAUGUUAUGUUGCAUGACAUGGUGGCAACUCAUAGUACCGUAAGAGUUUCAGUUUGUAGAGUAAAUGAAGAAAUAGAAGAAAUCUUUUCUACCGACCUUGUGCCAGGAGAUGUCAUGGUCAUUCCAUUAAAUGGGACAAUAAUGCCUUGUGAUGCUGUGCUUAUUAAUGGUACCUGCAUUGUAAACGAAAGCAUGUUAACAGGAGAAAGUGUUCCAGUGACAAAGACUAAUUUGCCAAAUCCUUCAGUGGAUGUGAAAGGAAUAGGAGAUGAAUUAUAUAAUCCAGAAACACAUAAACGACAUACUUUGUUUUGUGGGACAACUGUUAUUCAGACUCGUUUCUACACUGGAGAACUCGUCAAAGCCAUAGUUGUUAGAACAGGAUUUAGUACUUCCAAAGGACAGCUUGUUCGUUCCAUAUUGUAUCCCAAACCAACUGAUUUUAAACUCUACAGAGAUGCCUACUUGUUUCUACUGUGUCUUGUGGCAGUUGCUGGCAUUGGGUUUAUCUACACUAUUAUUAAUAGCAUUUUAAAUGAGGUACAAGUUGGGGUCAUAAUUAUCGAGUCUCUUGAUAUUAUCACAAUUACUGUGCCCCCUGCACUUCCUGCUGCAAUGACUGCUGGUAUUGUGUAUGCUCAGAGAAGACUGAAAAAAAUCGGUAUUUUCUGUAUCAGUCCUCAAAGAAUAAAUAUUUGUGGACAGCUCAAUCUUGUUUGCUUUGACAAGACUGGAACUCUAACUGAAGAUGGUUUAGAUCUUUGGGGGAUUCAACGAGUGGAAAAUGCACGAUUUCUUUCACCAGAAGAAAAUGUGUGCAAUGAGAUGUUGGUAAAAUCCCAGUUUGUUGCUUGUAUGGCUACUUGUCAUUCACUUACAAAAAUUGAAGGAGUGCUCUCUGGUGAUCCACUUGAUCUGAAAAUGUUUGAGGCUAUUGGAUGGAUUCUGGAAGAAGCAACUGAAGAAGAAACAGCACUUCAUAAUCGAAUUAUGCCUACAGUGGUUCGUCCUCCCAAACAACUGCUUCCUGAAUCUACCCCUGCAGGAAACCAAGAAAUGGAGCUGUUUGAACUUCCAGCUAUUUAUGAGAUAGGAAUUGUUCGCCAGUUCCCAUUUUCUUCUGCUUUGCAACGUAUGAGUGUGGUUGCCAGGGUGCUGGGGGAUAGGAAAAUGGACGCCUACAUGAAAGGAGCGCCCGAGGCCAUUGCCGGUCUCUGUAAACCUGAAACAGUUCCUGUCGAUUUUCAAAACGUUUUGGAAGACUUCACUAAACAGGGCUUCCGUGUGAUUGCUCUUGCACACAGAAAAUUGGAGUCAAAACUGACAUGGCAUAAAGUACAGAAUAUUAGCAGAGAUGCAAUUGAGAACAACAUGGAUUUUAUGGGAUUAAUUAUAAUGCAGAACAAAUUAAAGCAAGAAACCCCUGCAGUACUUGAAGAUUUGCAUAAAGCCAACAUUCGCACCGUCAUGGUCACAGGUGACAGUAUGUUGACUGCUGUCUCUGUGGCCAGAGAUUGUGGAAUGAUUCUACCUCAGGAUAAAGUGAUUAUUGCUGAAGCAUUACCUCCAAAGGAUGGGAAAGUUGCCAAAAUAAAUUGGCAUUAUGCAGACUCCCUCACGCAGUGCAGUCAUCCAUCAGCAAUUGACCCAGAGGCUAUUCCAGUUAAAUUGGUCCAUGAUAGCUUAGAGGAUCUUCAAAUGACUCGUUAUCAUUUUGCAAUGAAUGGAAAAUCAUUCUCAGUGAUACUGGAGCAUUUUCAAGACCUUGUUCCUAAGUUGAUGUUGCAUGGCACCGUGUUUGCCCGUAUGGCACCUGAUCAGAAGACACAGUUGAUAGAAGCAUUGCAAAAUGUGGAUUAUUUUGUUGGGAUGUGUGGUGAUGGCGCAAAUGAUUGUGGUGCUUUGAAGAGGGCACACGGAGGCAUUUCCUUAUCGGAGCUCGAAGCUUCAGUGGCAUCUCCCUUUACCUCUAAGACUCCUAGUAUUUCCUGUGUGCCAAACCUUAUCAGGGAAGGCCGUGCUGCUUUAAUAACUUCCUUCUGUGUGUUUAAAUUCAUGGCAUUGUACAGCAUUAUCCAGUACUUCAGUGUUACUCUGCUGUAUUCUAUCUUAAGUAACCUAGGAGACUUCCAGUUUCUCUUCAUUGAUCUGGCAAUCAUUUUGGUAGUGGUAUUUACAAUGAGUUUAAAUCCUGCCUGGAAAGAACUUGUGGCACAAAGACCACCUUCGGGUCUUAUAUCUGGGGCCCUUCUCUUCUCCGUUUUGUCUCAGAUUAUCAUCUGCAUUGGAUUUCAAUCUUUGGGUUUUUUUUGGGUCAAACAGCAACCUUGGUAUGAAGUGUGGCAUCCAAAAUCAGAUGCUUGUAAUACAACAGGAGGCGGGUUUUGGAAUUCUUCACACGUAGACAAUGAAACCGAACUUGAUGAACAUAAUAUACAAAAUUAUGAAAAUACCACAGUGUUUUUUAUUUCCAGUUUUCAGUACCUCAUAGUGGCAAUUGCCUUUUCAAAAGGAAAACCCUUCAGGCAACCUUGCUACAAAAAUUAUUUUUUUGUUUUUUCUGUGAUUUUUUUAUAUAUUUUUAUAUUAUUCAUCAUGUUGUAUCCAGUUGCCUCUGUUGACCAGGUUCUUCAGAUAGUGUGUGUACCAUAUCAGUGGCGUGUAACUAUGCUCAUCAUUGUUCUUGUCAAUGCCUUUGUGUCUAUCACAGUGGAGGAGUCAGUGGAUCGGUGGGGAAAAUGCUGCUUACCCUGGGCCCUGGGCUGUAGAAAGAAGACACCAAAGGCAAAGUACAUGUAUCUGGCGCAGGAGCUCUUGGUUGAUCCAGAAUGGCCACCAAAACCUCAGACAACCACAGAAGCUAAAGCUUUAGUUAAGGAGAAUGGAUCAUGUCAAAUCAUCACCAUAACGUAGCAGUGAAUCAGUCUCAGUGGUAUUGCUGAUAGCAGUAUUCAGGAAUGUGUGAUUUUAGGAGUUUCUGAUCCUGUGUGUCAGAAUGGCACUAGUUCAGUUUAUGUCCCUUCUGAUAUAGUAGCUUAUUUGACAGCUUUGCUCUUCCUUAAAAUAAAAACAGAAAAAUAUAUCGUCCUAACAGUUAAAUUAACAAUCAAUCCAUAAAGUCCUAUAUCUUCAUUCAGUAACCCAAAUAUUACAUACAUUUCCAGAAUUUUCUUGAUUGUUACUCAGUGCUAUUCUUUAUACUGGGUACAGGAGAAGUUUGGUGUUUGGUGGUUUUUCAACAUCAGUUUCUGAGACCAGUUUACCUCUUCACAUUUAUGCUCACAACCCUCUUGUUAGAGAAGUCUGUGUUUAUAUACAGGCUCUAAGUUUGUGAUUGAUAAAAAGAAAAUGAGUGUUAAUUAGCCUCCAGUGAAAAUAUACUGAAAGCCUGUUUUCAUUUGAUUCCAGUGUUUCUUCCAAAGAAUUCUGUAUAAACAUAUGCCAAUUCCCUAUGAUGGUCUAGAGUUAGGAAUGAGUGUUUAUGGUGUUGCUUAUAGAACAACUCAGGUAAUCUCCAUUUCUGGUUUUAUAUUUUCUGUACAAACUGCCUGGGUUUUAUUUUUCUAAUCAGCAAGGUGCUUCACUGCCUUCUUGAGACGCCUCUCAAAGCUCUUAAGUGGCUGCUGUGCUAUGUGUGGUGUCGGCAGUCUCAUUUGCUUCUGUUAAAUGUUGUAGAACCUUUUUCACUAGGAAAUAAGAUUCAUUUCUUUCGGCAGUAGAUGUAGAUUCAUCUUUUAACGUUUCUUCAAAUUUGUUUCUGUCAGGCUUUGUGUUAUUUUAAAUGGUUUUUUAAAAUUUUCUUCUAUGUUUUCAAUUACCUAAAGACAUAGGAUAAUAGUUUUUUUAAGUUAGAAUUUUACCUCAUAAAAUUUUUUGAGGUUUGACGUAUGUCUCUGUCUUAUCAAUAAUGAGGCUUAAAAAAUACUGGAUUUGAAUGGCUGCCGUUUUUUCAAAGCAAUAUGAAUUUGAUGAGUUUGUUUUAUGCCAUUAGGUGGCGCCAGAGGUCAGAACAUGUCUAUUUUGAAUUGGAUCGUUACAAAUGAGCAUAUUUGAUGCGGAAAUUUCUGGGAGAAAAAAAAUUGAGGAAAUAAAGUUAAAAAAUUGACAUUCAUUGAGCCAAAAGAGAUGUGGAGAAACAUUUUUCACCUUUGUGUUUGGCCUGAUUAACAUUUAAAUUCUUGCCAAAAUUAAGGUAACUUUUAAAAAACACCUUUUAUAGGUGGAUCCAGCAGUCUGGCAACGCCCACAGUUACCACAACACAGAAAACUGAUCGUGCUAUAAAAUGGACGCUAAACUAUGAAAACAGUGUGACAUUGUUCUCUGUUCUUCCAGAGCCAGUAACAUGCUUGCUCGUGCUUUCUACUUCUAGCUGAUCAUUCUUUUCCCAACAUAUAUUUACAAAUUUACCAAAUUUUACCUAGAAUUUUAGGACCAAAUGGUUCUCACUCUUUAUGCUGCAAAGACCUGGAUGAUGUUUGGUAACUAUAGAAAAAUAGAAAUUACACUCAGGAUCACUGUUACUGCUAUUGCCACUGAUGAUUCCUGCAAAAAUAUAAUCGAAGUUUUCCAUCAAAUGUAUAAUAUGCUAUUAAUACACAUUAGAUGAUAACAAUUGUUCCAUGAAUGAUUCUAUGAAGCUAUGCAUCUUAGACCUCUUGAGCUGUGAAUUAGCACUAUUUUCUAUAGUUACUUAUUCUCUGGAUCAUUUUAUAAUUUCCAUAUUAAUUUCAAAUAUGCUCGUGUUAUUCUUCAGUGAUUUCCACAAUUGUGCAUUUUAUUCUUUGGUUUAAGUACUGAAGCAUAUAAUGAAAGUAAUUGCUAAGUAGCAGCUUAAAAAUUCAAUUAUCCGAUUGUAUUUAACAUCUUUAAGAGCAUGAUCAUAAAGAGCUAUUUUUGACACCCCCCCCCCACUUUUUUAACAUUUAGAGUUAAUAAGGGUUUUAUAUCUCUUCUGUCCAUAUUGUUUUCAAAGGAAUGAGGUGUUUAGAUGGAUGGAAAAGCAUUUGUAGGAAGUUAGAUUUGAAUAUAGACAAGGUGGGUUAUUCACGUUGAGAAUGUUAUUUGAAGAAUGCCUGUGAAGCCAGGUGUGGGUUCUGCUCAGUGCCAUAGAUAGACUGAGUCUUCCUCGUAGGUCACCAUUACAUAGUAAUUUUGAUUCUGAAUUUCACAUUAAAUUAUUUGAGUUUAUACAGACCUAAAUUUUAAAAUCUGUACAUAUAUUAUUUUGAUGUAUUAAGAUGAAUAUUGCUGAUUUAAAUUUUAUUUAUGCACAUACUUAAAGGACAGAAAUGUCUGGGAAAGUAAUUGUUAAAUAAUGAUAUGUAACUUUUUAACUUUUUAAAUAAAUAACAAGAUUUUUAAUGUGUGUCUCCCUCAGGGUUGUUUAAAGUUUUUUUUCUCCCUCAAGUAUAAAUAGUGGUAACUAUAUGUUUUGUAUCUUCUAGCACCAACUGCUGUAAAGCAAUGCUGCAAAUAAUGCUUGAAUACAAGUGGCUAAGCCAACAACAGAAUAAAUACUUUUAUAGUAGUUUUAUAAUCCUUAAAUUCGAAAGCUUUCCAAAUUGCACUUGCAUCUAAACAAAACUGUUGCAGUUUUUACUCUAUUUAUUUUGUUCCCCAUGUUUAUGAAAGUCCUGCACAGUUUCAAAGGCAUGGUAAAUAAUAUAUCAAUGUUUAUGUAGUCUGUUACAGAAACAGCUAUAGAUAACAUUAUCCAGUGAAGAGCAAAAUUCAAGCUUUAGAAAAUAUUCAUGCAUGCAAUUUUGACAUAUCUAAAAAUAGGUUUUUGUAUAUUUAUGGUGGGAGGUGGUUGGGAACUUUUAACAAAAUGGGGUGUUAAUUUUUGUACAGUCUGUGGGCAUUUACACAUUUUUAAUGUAUUAAAAUUUGGUAAUUAUGUGUACAUUAAAUUAAUAAAAGUUACUUCUAGUUAUGAUUUGUGAAUUCCCUAAGACCUUGGAUUUUUUUAAGUAACUUUAUAUCAGAAAUGAUACUGCAUCUUUAUAUUUUUAAAAUUGUAUUGCUGCUCAAGAAUGGUACCCUCUUGUCAAAAAGGCAUACAUUCAUAAUUGUACAUUCAGCAUUGUAAAUAAUCUUAUGAAACCUUUUUUGAUUGAAGCUAUUCAAAAUAAAAAUUUUAAUGAAUGAAAUAA